GAGGAUCGAAGGGAAGAGAAAAUUAAACAGAGAAGGAGAAAGAGAGAGAGACGGGCGGGGGGAGGAGAGGGAGAGGCUGCAAUGAGGAGCUGAUAGCGAUCUCCCACAGUCUUCGGCGCAUGUUGCUGAGCGCCGCUCGCAGUCAGUCGGAGGGGGAGAUCACUGUGUUUGACCAUCAUGCCCGCCGCCCUCUAAACAACGUCAGGCGACCAGCAGUAGCAGCAGCGCUUUGGUAGAGGCAUGGCUUAGCCCUCCGGCUCAUGUGAAGCCCCCUGCAGAGGUGGAGUGAGUGAAGAGCUCGCCUCCCCUGCUUCUUCUCCCCGGCUCGCUCUGUGCACGAUGAGCCUGGCGCUGCAGGACCUGCGGAACAACAUGUCCAACUACAAGCGUGCAACCUUUGAGGAGGAAGAGGGGGCGGACAUUCCAGCUGAUGGAGCCAUCUCUCCUGACAGUGUGGAGGUGGGCUUCCGGAAGGGUGGUAUCCAGUUUUUUGGUCCAUUGGGCCGGAGGACUCAGUUGGAAGUGGUGUUAGCUGGUCUGCUCUUGGCUUCUCUGCUAGCUCUUUUCGGUUGUGCCAUCACUCUAGGGGUCCACUAUAACAGAGAUCCAUCACGCAGCCUGUGUUUGACAGAAGCGUGUGUGACAGUGGCCAGUAAGAUUGUGGAGUCACUGGACCGCACCAUUGACCCCUGUCAGGAUUUCUACCAGUACGCAUGCGGGGGCUGGAUCCGCAAAAACCCACUUCCUGAUGGCCGCUCACGCUGGAGCACCUUCAACAGCAUCUGGGACCAGAACCAGGCUGUGCUCAAACAUUUACUAGAAAACGGAACUUUUAAUUCGAGUAGCGAAGCAGAGAAGAAAGCUCAGUUCUACUACUUAUCCUGUCUGAAUGAGCAGCACAUUGAGGAGCUGGGAGCUCAGCCGCUCAUCGAUCUCAUUACUAAGACUGGGGGUUGGAACAUCACUGAGCCCUGGGAUAAGGAUAACUUCAUGGAUGUGCUGAAGACUGUGUCAGGCCCAUACAGAGCUCAGCCCUUCUUCACUGUGGGGGUCAGCGUGGACCCCAAAAACUCCAACAGCAAUAUCAUUCAGGUGGACCAGUCGGGGCUGUUCCUUCCCUCUCGGGACUAUUACCUCAAUAAGACUAAUGAGAAGGUAUUGAAGGCAUAUCUGGACUACAUGGUGGAGCUGGGUUUGUUGCUGGGAGGAGAUAAGAACUCCACUCAGAGUCAGAUGCAACAGAUUCUGGAUUUUGAGACAGCACUGGCCAACAUCACUGUACCCCAGGAUGAACGCAGAGAUGAAGAGAAAAUCUACCACAAAAUCACCAUCGUCGAGCUGCAGUCACUGGCCCCUGCUGUGGAUUGGCUUGACUACCUGUCCUCUGUCCUUUCCCCCCUGGAGUUGAACGAUACUGAACCAGUGGUGGUGUAUGCCAAAGAAUACCUGCAGCAGGUCUCAGAGCUCAUCAACAAGACUGACCGCAAUCUUCUGAAUAACUACAUGAUUUGGAAUCUGGUGCAGAAGGGAGCGUCUAGCCUUGAUCAGCGCUUUGAAAAUGCCCAGGAUAAACUACUGGAGAGUCUCUAUGGCACCAAAAAGUCAUGUACUCCACGCUGGCAGACAUGUAUUGGGAACACAGAUGAUACCCUUGGUUUUGCUUUGGGGGCACUCUUUGUCAAUGCCACCUUCGAUAAAGACAGCAAAGAGAUAGCUGAGGGCAUGAUCAAUGAGAUCCGAACUGCUUUUAAAGAUGCGCUGAACAACCUCAAUUGGAUGGAUAAGCAGACACGACAGGCUGCCAAGGACAAGGCUGAUGCCAUCUAUGAUAUGAUAGGCUACCCUGAUUUCAUCCUGGACCCCAAGGAGCUUGAUGAUGUUUAUGAUGGGUAUGACGUGUCAGAAGAUAACUUCUUCCAGAACAUGCUCAACUUCUACAACUUUUCAGCACGGGUGAUGGCAGACCAGCUCCGCAAACCUCCAAACAAAGACCAAUGGAGCAUGACUCCCCCCACAGUAAAUGCAUACUACAUGCCCACCAAGAAUGGCAUUGUCUUUCCUGCUGGAAUCCUGCAGGCUCCUUUCUAUGCUCGGGACCACCCAAAAGCACUGAACUUUGGAGGCAUUGGUGUGGUGAUGGGGCAUGAACUUACUCACGCUUUUGACGAUCAGGGCAGGGAGUAUGAUAAAGAUGGAAAUCUUAGACCCUGGUGGCAGAAUUCUUCAGUGGAUGCAUUUAAGAAUCGCACAGAAUGCAUGGUGGACCAGUACACUCAGUACACAAUCAAUGGGGAACACAUAAAUGGAAAACAGACCCUGGGAGAGAACAUUGCUGAUAACGGAGGCCUAAAGGCUGCCUAUCAUGCAUACAGAUCUUGGGUGCAGAAAAAUGGAGAAGAGAAAAGACUCCCAGCAGUCAAUCUGACCAAUGACCAGCUCUUUUUUGUGGGGUUUGCACAGGUGUGGUGCUCUGUACGGACACCAGAGAGUGCUCAUGAGGGCCUGAUGACGGACCCUCACAGCCCACCCAAAUACCGUGUCAUCGGAACAUUGUCCAACUCGCCCGACUUCGCCCAGCAUUUCCAGUGUCCAUUGGGCUCUCCCAUGAACUCAGGCCACCGCUGUGAGGUCUGGUAAAGCUAGGAGCAUGGUGAAGAACCAGGGGCCACUGGCUUGCUUUGCUUUGACCAGUCAGAGAUGAAUGGAUGGACUAUACUCUACCAAGCACUGGACUUUUUUCUUUUCUUCUACUUCUUUUUUCCGGUUAUGGAAUAUGAAAUGUUGUUGGACACAAAGUGGACUUGAACAGGUUGGGCCAGAGCCUGGAGGAUACACAGGGAGUGUGUUAGCUAACCUUUGCAUUGUCCAGCAUUGUAGGCAACCGAUUUGUCACUCUCCUUCUGCAUGGCCACAAAAGCCCACACAGGGCUGUCUUAUUUAUUAUUUGCUGCACUUGAACUUCUGCGUGAUACAGUGAGGAUGAGGAAGAAUCCCCAGCCCUUUCCUAUGCUUUUAUGUGGGUUUUUUUUUUUUGUGCUUCAUGACCUGUUUACAGCAACCGAGGAUGGGCUUUCUUCUCCAGGAAGAAAAACAAGACAUUGUGAUGUCAGAGGGAGUGCCUCUCCUUCACUUUGACUUCAGAGGAAAUAUUUGGCUCCCUCUGUGACCUCACAGGAAGUGCCAUACACUCUUGGUGACCUCACAGGAAGCAUUAGAAAGUGGAAACGCUGAGCUCCAGCCAGCAGCCUGCUGGAAGGAAGUGUUAUGAGAAUAAAACUGUUGCGAUUUUCCUUGUUGCAAUCUCACCAAUAAACUGUUGACCAGCAGUUGGUUCAUAAUGAGGACAGCCA